CGUUCGCCAGUUUACUUUUCCAACAUGGCAACCAGGUGGGGAAUAUGCAGCGCUGGGAAAAUCAGUAAUGAUUUUACAGUGGCCCUGAGAACGCUUCCUCCCGGAGAUCACCAGAUUGUGGCUGUGGCAGCUCGGAAGUUACAGGACGCACAAGCCUUUGCUAAAAAGCACAACAUUCCUCGAGCAUAUGGCGGCUACGACGAGCUGUCCAGAGACCCGGAUGUAGAGGUGGUGUAUGUCGGGGUCAUCCACCCCUACCAUAUAAGUGCGAGUUUGCUCUUCAUGAACGCCAAGAAAAACGUGCUGUGUGAGAAGCCCAUGGCCAUGAACUCCAGAGAGGUGAAGGAGAUGGUGGCCGCCGCCAAGACAAACAACAUCUUUUUCAUGGAGGCCGUGUGGACCCGUUUUUUCCCGGCCUCUCUGGAGAUCAAACGGCUGCUGGCCGAGGAGGAGGUGGGGGAGGUGAAGAUGGUGAAGGCAGACUUCGGAUUGAAGCUCAUGCACGUACCCCGCGCAGUGCAGAAGGAGCUGGGCGGAGGUGCACUGCUGGAUAUCGGCAUCUACUGCCUGCAGUUCAUAUGCAUGGUGUACGGCGGCGAGAAGCCAGAGUCCAUCCAAGCCACGGGGGUCUGCCUGGACACAGGGGUAGACGAGGCCAUGGUUGUCACCCUCAAGUUUUCCCGAGGCAGAAUGGCUGUGUUCACUUGCUCCAUGGCUGUGCAGCUUCCCAAUGACGCUGUGAUAACUGGCACCAAGGGAACCAUCAGGGUCCCUGCCCACAUGUGGUCCCCCACAUCUUUAGUGGUGAAUGGGAAGGAGACUCAGUACCCAGUGCCAGAACCUCGCCUUCCCCUGAAUUUCACGAACAGCACCGGAUUGCGUUAUGAGGCAGAGGAGGUUCGACAGUGCCUGCUCAAAGGGCUUAAGGAGAGCCCAGGUAUGACCCAUGCAGACUCUCUACUUCUUGCUGAGCUGGAAGACGAAGCUCGCAGUCAGGUGGGGGUGGUGUACAACCAGGACCUCCACUAACUUUUACAUACACAUCCUAUUCAAGUUUAAUAAAAUGCUUCAGUCU